UUUCAAAGUAAAGAAAUAAACUUAAAAAAAAAAAAAGAAUGACAGUUCUGGGACCAUAGGAGUAGGAAAUUCCUACCAGAAGAACAUUUCCAUCUUGUAUGUGUUCUUCAGGAUCUCCUGUUGCCUAGGUUGUUAAUUUUUAGCUGUAAAUCUAGUGUGGGGGAGUAUGUGGAUACAGGUGGUAGAAGGUCUACACAUAGCUGGCUCACCCUAGAUUACCUAUGUUUAUAUUGUCAGAAAAGUAAGUGGUUAUAAUCAAUUUUGUUACUAGAUUUACAUAUGCAGAUGAUGUGUGACUGCUGGCAUAAUUAGUCUGUUGUAUUGAUGCAGCUACUGAACCUUUGCUUUCUAGCCACAAUCCCGAAUAAGUCAUUUAAAUCCUGAGAACAAUGAAAACCUUCAUUUCUCAAAUUAGAUAAUCUAUUCCUUAAACACACACACACACCAAAACAAGACAGAUGCCAUCAUUUCCAAGUCCUCAAGAAGCUGAAUUCUAUUUCCCUACAAGCCAUUUACCUAUGAGUCUCAGAGGAAAAAUACCCUUCUCCGGCCAGGUUUCUGGGCCGGCUGAUCAGGGCCCUGGGGCACCCAUCCUCCGGAGGAAAAGCCACUACGAGACCCCUGCCUUCCUUCACUGGUGCCUGAUUCUUGGGAUAGUAAGAAUAAAGAUGAAUAGUUUGAGUACACAUCAUUGGCUAGACACUGUUCUAUGUGCUUUAGGUUUUUCUCAUUUGUUCUUCACAUUCUAGGGUAGGGGUUAGAUAAUGUUAUUUUACAAUGAGGAAAGUAAGUAAUUUCCCAAGGCCACACAGUCAAGAAACUAGAAUUUUAUCCAGGCUGUCAGACUCCAGAACUUGUGUUCUAAACCUUAAUACUAGGCUGCCUUCUUGGCCAAAACAUAAACAGUAAUGAAGACAGAAGUGGAAAAGUGUUCUGACUGAAGCAGGUGUGGGAUGGGUGGGGUCCGUGCCUUGACCCCUCCCUCUUCUGACUCUGCAGCCCCUGGGGCUGCUAGAGUCACACUGUGCUUCUGAAUGGACACUUUAUCAGCCCCAGCUUCUCUCCUCUAGCAGAUCCCUAUUAUUAGUCAAUCUUCAUUAUUCAUGGAUUCUUUACUUGUGAAUUUGCCUAAUUGCUACAAUUUAUUUGUAACCACAGAAUCACGAAGGGGCUGUCAUGGUUAUUUGUGGACAUGCACAGAGCACUGAAGAGUUUGUCACCCACGUGCAUGUUUCCAGCCAAGGAAGAACAUGGUGGUGACGGGCUGCCUUCUUGUUUCAGUAACUGUAAACAAGCUUUUUUUGUUUUGGGGGGGGGCGUCCACUUAAUGGCAAAGUUUUCAAAUUUUUGUGCUUUCUGUUAGUGAUUUUGCUGUUUAAAAUGCCCCCCCAAAACACAGUGCUGAAAUGCUAAUAUUCCCAACUGCAAGAAGUCUGUAAUGAGCCUCACAGAGAAAAAUACAUGUGCUAGUUGAGCUUCAGUCAGGCAUGAGUUACAGCGCUAUAAGCCUUGAGUUCAAUGUUAAUGAGCCAACUAUAUUAAAUAUAUAUAAAAACGUAUGUUAAAUAAGUUGUCUUUUAAUAGAAACCCACAUAAAACAAAGCUUUGUAUUGACUGAAAUGUUGUGACCAGACCAACUCUGCAUUUCCCUUAGGAGUCCCUAGCAAUCUUUAAUUCAGUGUUUGUGGCCACUUUAUAGAAUAUAUCUACCAUGAAAAAUGAGAAAUGACUGUAGUUAUUUAUUGAGAGCCUCUUAUAGGCCACAUAAUGUGCUAGAACCUCAUUUAAAUUAAUCCUAAUUCUCAACAACUCUGUAAACAAAGUAUCAUCUCUAAUUUAUAGAUGGUAAAACUCCGGCCUAAAUAAUUUGGCAACAUCAUUAAGCUAGAGGGAGGUGUGCCAAGGGUGAAUAGCAUGUGACUCUGUAGUUCUCUUUCUUUUUGACUCAGUUCAUUUGUGAACAAAUUCCAGGUUGGCAUCUUGUGCAAUUCAGCCAUAUCCAUGUCCCUGACUCCCACUGGAUUUCCUUUCCAUUGGGUUGAUCACAGUACUCUCCAAAAGCUUUUGUCUGCUCUAUAGUCACUCAAAUGGAAAUCUCCUUGUUGAUUCCAGGAUAAUUUUUUUUGAACCAAAGUGUUUUAUGAAAAAGUUCCCUAAAGUGAUUUUCCCAUCAUGUUUCCUUGCCAACCAUCUUGCAACGUUCCAGGUGGCUAACUGUGAGAACGGAGGUCGCUGUGUCACCCUGCUCCACAGUGCUGGGGGCCACCGCUAUGACACUGCCCUCUGUCAUUGAGCUCUGCUGGGGUGCCCUGCUGGCCUGCCUUCCCUUCCUUCAGCUACUCUCCACUGUCCCUGCCCCUGGCUUGCUGUCUAUGAUCUCCCUCCAGGUGUCACUCCAGGAGAGCUGCUGUCUCCUUGUGGGAGGCAGGGCCUGGUACUGGUUGUGGUAGCAGGUGAACAAGAUGUGCUCCCUGCUUGGGGUGUCCUCUUGGCCUCAGAUAGUGUCUUUGUCUUCAGUGACCAGGUCCCCCAACACCAUCAUCUUGUCCAUCAUGAUAAUUCACUCCACAAACUAAGGCCCCAGGUGAUUGUCCACUCAGCAGGACUUCUCACCCACAUAGUGUUCAUACUUCAUUGGACGGCUGGUGCAGAUGAAGACCACAAUGUCCUGCCUGGUUUUCAUCUCUGUAUGGCUGCUAAGGCUCCAGGCAUAGGAUCCAAGUCUAAGAAAAAACCUCGGGCUUCAUACAUAUUGGCCACUUUGUCCGCCAGGUCUGGCAACAGGGCUGCAGCAGAUGUCCCUCAGGAGGCUGGCCUCAAAGUCAGCCAGAAUCCAUGUCCUGUCACUGGCGCUGGGUCUGGAAGGUUGGGAAGGCUGGGACUGGGGGCUGGGAUAAUUUUAUGGAGAGCCAUGUAUUUGAUGCUCCACACAUGCUGUCCUUCUCCUCUUUUGUUCACAUCUUGCUUCUGGCAGCCACUGGGGUUUAAAUUUCCAGGCAGAGCAAAAAUAUCUUCUAGUAGGAAAAAGGCAAAGAAUGGAAAUGACAUGGACUUAGAGAAGCAAGAUGAAAACAGAUAAGGGUGGAGAGAGACAGGCAGUGUUACCUUUUCAGAAGAUGCCAUGGGAGCAAAGGGAUAGACAAAGGGCAGGAACCCAGAGGAGUAGACCCUGAGAUGCGUAAGUAAUACUUUGUUUUUAUUUUAUUAAUUUUUAAAUUAUUUUAAAAAAUAUUUAUUUUGGGGAGAACACAAGGUGGGGGAAGGCAGAGAGAGGGGGACAGAGGACCUGAAGAGCGCUUUGCACAGACAGGCUCACAGCAGUGAGCUGGGGCUUGAACUCACAAACCUCAAAAUCAUGACCUGGGCCAAAGUCGGAAGCUCAACUGACUGAGCCACCCAGGUGCCCCGAUUCUUUAUAUUUUUAAAUCAUUUUAAUGUCUGUGAUUUUAUUUUGUAUAUCACAGUGACUUGGUGUAGGCAAAGAACGCAUUUUUUUUCUGCUUUACUGAUGAGAAAACUAAGGCAUCAAAAGCUAUAGUGAUUUACUUGAGGUUGUAAAAUUCUAUUUUAUUCUGCAUUCAGAAUAGGUUAUUUUAUAUCACACAGCAAAAUUCAGAAAUUAGUUUCCUGAUAUUUCAGAUUUUAAGCAGUGUCACAAACAGUCUAUUAGGAAGCAAAGAUAUUUUCCUUUAUUUUAUACUGGAACCACAUGGCUAUUUCAAUAUUUUUUACUUAACUACAAUUUCUCUAAAUUUCAUUGUUCAUGUUGAAGCAUUUGACUAAAAUAUAGCAAAACUACUGUGCCUUUUAAGGGGGUCAAAAUGUUUUCUGUGGGUGGAAAUGUGUCAUGUGAAUAAAGAUGAAAGUAGCUUUGUUGUACUCCUCUUCUGGGAAUCUUUUUAGGGAUAUUACUAAAGUCAAGAAUAGAUCAGAAAUGAAGAAAAGAUGGGAAUAAAAGAAUAGCUUUCAUGGAAAAUUGAAAUCAUUCCUUUUAAAGUUCACAAUUUCCAGCCUGAUGAUAGAUCCCCAGCCUUGCAAGAUGGGUUCCUCCUAGCUAUAAAGGUGACAGCCACGAGAGGAUUUUGAUGCAACUGUGAUUGAUGUCAGCAGGUCCAGACGGUGAUACUUUAUUACAAAUUUAAUGGACAUUUAUUAAGCUGAUUCAACGGGAGCAGCCCUGGCUAGAUGGGGCUGGGAGAGACAAAAGGAAGACGCAAUCUAUGAAGGUGUUGGGGGCCAGUUAGGGAUGGAAAUUCCAGUGAUUUGAGUGUUGCACACCCACUACAUGCUAGGUGCUCUCAACAUCAUCAUUUUGUGUCUUCCUCCCACAAACCCUGAAUGAAACAGCAUGAUUCUUCCUAAUGUAGGGAUCCUGAUCCUUAUGAGGUUAUGUAGGGAGAUUCAGUGACUUCCCCCACUGACCAGGUAGCUGCCCCAGGCUUUGUACCCAGGCCUUUUGUAUCCAAGUAAAAAGCUCUCAUCACUCAUCGAAACAGGAAAUAGCUAGAGAGUCACUGAGUCGCAGCCUAAAGUUGGGACACAUGUCUGAGAUGCAGACUUAUGCUUUUAUCCAUGGUGUAGGAAUUCAGAAUGAGGGCCAGACCCUAGCAUGCCAGAGUUAAGAUGGCUUAUGCUUCAUAGAGAAGACAAAACAUGAAUAUUUUAAUGCUUCUUUAACAGGUGAAGGGGUUAUGGAAUGUUUGCAAGGAGAAAACACCUUUUUAGUGGCGAAAUUUCCUUAGCCAGUUAACAGAACUGUUUCUUUCUUGGGUUAAAUGUAGUAGCUUCUAUUAUAUCCUGAAGCAUCUGGCUCUCCCAGUAGAGACAUGUGAGCACUGCCACGGGCCUGGAAUGUCCCAAGAGGGUAAGAAUAACCCACAAUGAGAGACGACUCCUGCUGUCUUCUGGUCACUGCAGUUGUCAAGAACGCUUUGCCUCAGAGGACAGCUCAGGGCUAUCUCAACUCAGAGAUGGAAAAAUCGCCCACCGCCCACCCCGUUCCUGGGCUCCAAGCUUUCCUUUUAUAUCUGCAGCUCUCAUCUUUAAGUCUUUUGUAGGGAAGAUACAUUUAUUCCAGCAAAGAUUUUCCACUUUCUUGGAGAACACAGGCUUCCAAUGUCUCCAACAACCUUGAGUCUCUGACGCUAGGAGGCAUGGAACGUUUGGACCUGCUGGGAUUCCUUCUCAUCACCUUCAAUUGCAACAUGACCAUUGUGGGGAAGGUAUGGCUUAUCUUCAUGAUACUGCUGAGGAUGGUGGUGAUCAUCUUGGCAGGCUCCCCCGUAUACCAGGACGAGCAGGAGAGGUUUGUGUGUAACACCCUGCAGCCAGGAUGCGCCAAUGUUUGCUAUGACAUCUUCUCCCCGGUGUCCCAGCUGCGGUUCUGGCUGAUCCAGAGUGUGUCCGUGCUCCUCCCUUCUGCCGUCUUCAGCGUCUACGUGCUGCACAGGGGGGCUGUGUUGGCCGCCCGCGGACUCUGCGGGCCGGACGGCGGCCCCGGGGGCCCUGACCCUGCUGACCUGAGCCCCGGGGAUAGGGAGUGGCGCCUCCUGACCGUGCCAGACUUCUCCUCUGGCUACAUCGUCCACCUCUUUCUUCGGAUGCUGACCGAGGCAGCUUUUGGUGCCUCGCACUACCUCCUAUUUGGAUUCUUGGUCCCAAAGAGAUUCUCUUGCACGCACUCUCCCUGCACCAGCGUGGUGGACUGUUACAUCUCUAGGCCCACGGAGAAGUCCAUUAUGAUGCUUUUCAUGUGGGCGGUCAGCGCGCUGUCUCUGGUGCUCAGCGUGGCGGACCUCGUGUGCAGCGUGCACAGGAGGGCGAGCGCGCGCGGGCGCGCAGCCGCCCCUCUCCCCCGGCCACGGCCUGCGCGGAGCCUGGGCUCGAGGCCAGGUCAGGUGGCCGGCGGCGGCGGUGGGUGGGCAGAGGUGGGGGCGUCCGUCCACCCCGGCCCGUGGGCUGCAGGGGAGCGUGCAGACAGCCCCAGCCGCAAGUCCGCCGCAUCAGGGCGGACGGGACUUCCUGAUGAAGAGGACAGUGAGGUGAUGUCCUCAGCCAGCGACAAGCUGGCCGUGGCUUGCAAAGAGCCGGGGAGCAGGCCCCACAGAGAGGCCUCCGGGGACCCAAGGGACGAGGGUCCCACAAGGUCAGAGGAGCACCCCUUAGCGCCUCAGAGCCGGCUGGCCCGGCGCUGUCCGUCCGGUCAGCUGCAGCCCCCCUACCGGCCCGCCAACCCGAGAUCCAGAAAGUCCGAGUGGGUCUGAAGAGGGAACGCCAGGCAGCCGGGG